UACAGUCCCCCUCAAUUUCGAAAACUAAUGACUAAGAGAUGGGUGGCUGGAGCUGAGGUCCCUGAGUCAGGCUGUGGGUGGGAUCAUCUCCAGUACGGGAAGUGAGACUUCUCAUUUCCUCCUUUCCAAGCGAGGGCUGAGCCAGUAGGGUUGAGCAACCGGUACUGACAGCCGAGCUGGACUCUGGGUGAGGCAGUUCAGCCAUGAGGCUGGCUGUGCUUUUGUUGGGGGCCUUGCUGGGGCUACUGGCAGCCCAGGGGACAGGGAAUGACUGUCCUCACAAAAAAUCGGCCACUCUGCUGCCGUCCUUCACGGUGACACCCACGGCUACAGAAAGCACUGGAACAACGAGCCACAGGACUACGAAGAGCCACAAAACUACCACUCACAGGACAACCACCAUAGGCACCACCAGCCAUGGACCCACGACUGCCACUCACAACCCCACCACCACCCGCCACGGAAACGUCACAGUUCAUCCGACAAGCAACAGCACUGCCACUCACAGUCCUGCCACCACCAGUCAUGGAAAUGCCACGGUUCAUCCGAGCAACAGCACCACCACCAGCCCGGGAUUCACCAGUUCUGCCCAUCCAGGACCACCUCCGCCCUCUCCGAGUCCUAGCCCAGCCUCCAGGAAGACCACUGGAGACUACAUGUGGACUAACGGCUCACAGCCCUGUGUCCACCUCCAAGCCCAGAUUCAGAUUCGAGUCAAGUACACAACCCAGGGUGGAGGAGAGGCCUGGGGCGUCUCUGUAUUGAACCCCAAUAAAACCAAAGCUGAGGGGAGCUGUGAGGAUGCUCAUCCCCACCUGCUUCUCUCAUUCCCCUAUGGACAGCUCAGCUUUGGAUUCAUGCAGGACCUCCAGCAGAGGGCUGUCUACCUGAGCUAUAUGGCAAUGGAGUACAAUGUGACCUUCCCCCAGGCAGCACAGUGGACGUUCUCGGCUCAGAAUGCAUCCCUUCGAGAUCUCCAAGCACCUCUGGGCCAGAGCUUCAGUUGCGGAAACUCGAGCAUCAUUCUUUCACCAGCUGUUCACCUCGACCUGCUCUCCCUGAGGGUCCAGGCUGCUCAGCUGCCCCAUACAGGGGUCUUUGGGCCAAGUUUCUCCUGCCCCAGUGAUGGGUCCAUCUUGCUGCCUCUCAUCAUCGGCCUGAUCUUUCUUGGCCUCCUCGCCCUGGUGCUUAUUGCCUUCUGCAUCUCCCGGAGACGCCCAUCUGCCUACCAGCCCCUCUGAGCAUUUGCUCCAAACCCCAGGGUACUAGGGGGACUGGGAUGAGAUGUGGUGGGGUACCCUCAUUUCCUUGACAUGCAACUGGCUGGAAGACAAA